AAAUGUAACUUAAAAAUAAAUCAUGGCCCGAGUAAGUGAAACAGUUAAAAUUCUAUUUUUUAUAUUAAUUGUUUCUUCGUUAUGGUAACACAAAUUAGGACCUUGCAUACAAUUUUAUUUACUACUACUUGAACUGUUGAAGUGAAAAUAUGUUAUUUAUUAUGAUAUGUAGGCUUAAGCACAAUGUUCAACCUUUCUCGCCACGUGCUCAACUUCUACGAUUUUUAACUAGCGUGAUAUUAUUGUUAGCGUUAGUAAUGUAAGAUAUUGACAUACUAAUACUAUGAAUGUAUACUGAAAAAUAAGCCACGUUGAAGAUUUUACGUAAUAUAUUAGAUGAGUAAAGCUAUCAUUAGCAGGUAGUGAUAAACAUGGAUAAUGCCAUUUCUCCACAUUAAUUUUGUCAAGAAGAACAAAAAUAAAAAUGUGGGAUUCACUCAAUGAAGAGGGUUGCUGGUACGAUGAUAGAAUAUCUGAUAUUAGUAAAAGUUAUGAUGAAGACUGUAUUGACAGUGACGUAGAAGUAAUCCUGUAUGGACAGAUACACCAUGAGAGUAAUCCAGACUGUAACAACACUGUUGAAAUAAAUGGCCAGACUUUAAAAGCUAAUGUUCUUGAUUCAAAUAAUGCCGCUGUAGAGGAAGAACAGAUCACUAAUACUUGUGCAGUUGAAGAUCUAGCUAUAAAUGAAAGAAAAAUUGAAAAUUACAUGCCUGACCUUCAUGAAAGAGUGGCCUUGUUAAAUGAAAAAACAGAAACAAAUUCUUGUACAGCUGCAUCAUCAGAUAAACUUAAAACCAAACGGAAAAACCUUUCAGAAGUUGGCUUCUGUAGGAAAAAAAAAAAAUUCUCAGCUAAUAUUAACUCGAAUGCCAACAGUUUAAGUUCUGAAAAUUUAAAAGAAUGUGAAGUGAUUGUUAAUGAAAACAAUUCUAUUAAUCUACAAUGUUUACCUGACAAACAAAGAACUAACAAAGUUAAAAGAAAAUGCACAAGUAGUUCUUCGAGUGAAAGUGAUUUUCAUACAAAUAAAAAUUUUAAAACGGAUAUUCAAAUUAAUUUAAAUAAUAUGACAACAGAAAUGAAGAUGAGGAAAUUUUAUGAUUCAGACUGUGAUGAUUUGGAUAUAAAGAAGGAGCUGGAAAAAAUGUCUGAUGAUUCCUGGCACCUUGAUGAGCGAGAUGCAUAUAAGCACAUGUUUAAAAAAAGUCAACAGUAUCGUUACCACAAUCACCUGAUGCGAGUGACAUGUAACAAUUGUCAAGAGCAAGGCCAUCUGUCUAAAGUCUGUACUAAGCCUAGGAAAUUGGUUACCUGUUUUUUAUGUGGACAAAUUGGUCACUUGGGAGAUAAUUGUCGAGAUGUGGCAUGCACUAGGUGUUUAGCAGUUGGUCAUCAAGUAGCAAGGUGUAUGUGGAGAGUGCAGGAUGUUAGAAGAAAAUGCCCAAUUUGUUCAAUGCGUGGACAUUUGAGAAAUGAAUGCCCAGAUUUGUGGAGAAGGUUCCAUGCUACAAUUGUACCAGGUACUCCAGUUAAAGGCACUUGUAAAACAAAGAAUAGAAAAAAUGUGUAUUGUUACAACUGUGCAAAAAAAGGACAUUAUGGGCAUGAAUGCCAACAACAGCGUUUUGAUCCACACAAUUUCCCUACAUGGCCUUUUGUUAUCAGUUAUUUGGAUCCAAGUGUGUCACUGACUACUGAAUCGAAAAAGAAAAAUGGAAAGAAUGAUGACGGAAAUUAUGAAAUGUAUUUGAAACGACUAGAAAAGAAAAAAGAAAGCAUUAUAAAAAGGUCUAAGAGAUCAUUCCUACGUUACAUUCAAAAGAAAAGGAAUCAAGUUACUAAUAAUGGAGUGAAAAGAGGCCUGGAACCAGUAAGAUACAACAUUAAAAAUGAAAAUAACAGGCGUGGAAAAAAUUCUACCAGAGUAGAUAAAUUUAAUGGUAAAGUAGAAUCUACUUUUCCUAGGACUCCUAUUUCAAGAUUGAAACAGCAAGAAAAGAUGUCAUCAGAACUUGCCAGUUUGCUAGAACUUCACAAGGAAAUUGUUAAAAACAAGAAGAAUAAGAAGAAGAAAAAACAGCAGAUGAAGCUCAAAAGAAAGAAAAAAAUGCAGAACGAAAAUUGUGAAUAAUGUAUUUGAUCAUUGUUCAUUAUAGAAAAGGUUUUGUUUUACAAGUUUAAGCCACUGUAUGUAUGUAACUAAAUUUAUUCAGGUAUUAUCAA